UAUUGUGUUUGCUUCCAGUAUGGUCUUUAUUCAGCAUUUAUGGGCGCAAUAGUUUAUGUGGUGUUUGGCUCUUGUAAAGACAUUACAAUUGGUCCUACAGCGCUCAUGGCAUUAAUGACUCACGACUAUGUGCAAGGAAAAAAUGUUGAUUUUGCCAUACUUCUCGCAUUCUUAUCUGGUUGUCUGCAAUUACUAAUGGCAUGCUUACGUUUAGGUGUACUGAUAGACUUUAUCUCGAUACCAGUUACUGUGGGUUUUACCUCAGCAACAUCUGUCAUAAUUGUUGUUUCGCAAUUGAAAGGAUUGUUAGGUUUAAAAAUUUCAUCUCAAGGAUUUAUAGAUACUGUAACCAAAGUUUUUCAAAAUAUUGGCAAUACAAAUCUAUGGGAUGCUGGAAUGAGUAUCUCCUGUAUUACAAUCCUAUUGUUAUUUAGGAAAAUGAAAGAUAUCAGAUUACAUGUCAUUAGCAAAAGGUCAACGAAUUAUCAAUAUAUAAUGACGAAAGUGAUAUGGUUGAUUUCUACUGCACGGAAUGCUAUUGUUGUUUUUAUUUGCUCCGCUAUCGCUUACAAAUACGAGUCAUCUGAAUAUGGAUGUCCAUUUAUUCUAACAGGUCCUGUGAGAUCUGGUCUUCCAUCAUUUGGCUUGCCACCUUUUUCCACACAAAUAAAUAAUCAGACUUUUACCUUUACACAAAUGUGUUCCGAACUGGGUACUUCCAUAAUAUUGAUACCGAUAAUAGCUGUGCUUGGCAAUGUAGCCAUAGCUAAGGCUUUUGUGACUGAAGGUAAAGUUGAUGCCACUCAAGAACUCCUCACACUCGGAAUCUGUAACGUUCUUGGAUCCUGUGCGAAUUCUAUGCCAGUUACGGGAUCAUUCAGUAGAUCGGCGGUAAAUCAUGCUAGUGGCGUAAAAACUCCAAUGGGUGGAUUAUAUACUGGAAUUCUGAUUUUGUUGGCUCUCAGUUUGCUAACGCCAUAUUUCUAUUUUAUUCCAAAAGCCUCAUUAUCAGCCGUAAUAAUUUGUGCGGUAAUAUACAUGAUCGAAUAUGAAGUUGUGAAAUUGAUGUGGAAAUCGAGCAAAAAGGAUCUCAUACCGAUGUUUGUUACUUUUCUAUUUUGCCUCAUUAUUGGUGUAGAAUAUGGCAUUUUAUUAGGAGUUGGUAUAAACUUGAUGUUCUUAUUAUAUCCUUCUGCAAGGCCUACAGUUCAUAUCGAAAAAUAUACAACUGAGUGUGGAGCAGAGUAUCUGUUAGUUACUCCAGGAAACAGCUUAUAUUUCCCAGCUGUUGAUUUUAUAAAACAAUCAGUUGGUAAUGCUGGUAUAAAGCAAGGGUCUAGUCAAAUACCAGUUGUUAUUGAUUGUAGAUAUAUUUUAGGAGCAGAUUUUACAGCUGCUAAGGGUAUGAAAACAUUGAUUAAUGAAUUUAGUAGUCGCAAACAAGGUUUAUAUUUCUAUAAUCCAAGAUCAGAUGUGAUUGCGGUUUUGAAAGGUGCUUGCGGCGAUGAAUUUCAGUAUGUUUCGACUCAAGAAGAGCUCUCUUAUUUGUUAUCAACAAUUCCAGAUAAAUCUUCACGACCACUUCUGGAACAAACACAUGACAAAUUAUCAUUACAUGGAUCUUCAACAAUAAAUAAUUCAGAAAUGAUCCAUAGAAAUACACGUGGUUCCUAUCAUGAGCUUGAUCAAGUUACAAGUACGCUUUUAUAUGCAACUGCAAGUUGAAACUGAAUCAUCUCAUUAAUUUUUAUAUCGAUAAAAAACCAGUUUCUUUAAAAAAAUGCUACAUAAGUAUCUUUUUAUUUAAAUAAUAAAACAAUAAAUUAAUAACAGAAAUAAAAUUAUUUUUUAACAUCAAGAUUUAGUCUUAUUCCUUAAUGCGAAAAAUAAUUUCAUAAUUUAAGAAUUUAAGAUAAUUCUAUAUCUUAUUUAACCUAAGUAUUAGCUGCGUUCAGUUGAAAAAGCAAUUUUGCAACUGUUGCAAAAUCCUUUAAUAUGAUUGGUUUAUACAUUUAGAUCCAUGAGGAACUAAUCGCAAAAACCAGUCAUAUCAAAAAUUUUUACAACGGUUGCAAAGCUGCUUUCUCUGCUUCAGAUAAUUCGAUUCCAAAGUCACUGUUAAUGUCAGGAUAAAAUGGUCUCGUCUAUCCGAUAGAGGGGAUUAAGCGGGACAACAGAAUGAAAUAAUACAGUCAUGCGUCAGCCAAUGAAUAGUGUAUUUCUUCUUCUCCAUGAGAAGCACACAAUAUUUGAUUAGAAACGCUUACUGUCCGCGUUACAACUAUUACUACUUACAACUAACGACAAGUACAAAGUACCGCUUUCAAUUCUCUUGUCCCAUGAAUCUCUCCACACAUUCACUUUCUCUUUUUCUCCUUUUUCGCUUCUGCCAACCAUUUAGUUAUUUUUAAAAAUUUAUUAUUGAAUACAAUAAAUGAGAUAAAAAUAUAAUUCAAAAUAGCGAAUCCAAUACGGCAGAUGCAAGAAAUAAAAUAAUGGUCGCGAUCGAUGGAAUAUUUAUCUUACUGUCAUUGUAAACUUUCUGUGCUAAGAUUAUCCGCUAGAUUUAAAAGUAUAAUCCGUUUAUUGUACAUAUAUACAGGUAUCUGAUUAGAAAUGAAUGGUAGCAGCCGUUCCAAUAGAAGAAUCAAAUUGAAUACAAAAGUUUUCUAUUACUUUGCGAUUUUUAUAAUUAGUUAUUUAUUAGUUUGUAAUGAGUUAUUAAUUAUUAAACGUCAUAGAAUAAAUACCUGCCUGAUCUACUGAGCUAGAUAUAACCGUCAAGCGUUCUGCACGUUUGUUCAUAGUUGUUAAGAGCGUGACGAAAUAUUUGGAGAUAUGUACUAUAAGCAGAUGUUCUAUCAUUUAUAGAACAUGUAUUUAAACAUCUCGCUGCACUCUUAGCAAUUGCGAACGCGUGUAGUGUUGGGUGAUCGCUGACCUUGCUGUGCGCUCGUCAAUGGGCCAAAUAGAUAUGCGCUCAUUUGGCAAUUUUUGAUAAUUAAUAAUUUAUUAUUAAUUGCGAAAAUUGCAAAAUGAUAAAGGAUAUUUCUGCUCAGUUUGAUCCGCUCUAUCUACAUACAAGCAUUGCACCAUUUCGAAUCGAAGACUUUGUGUAUGCAAUCAGUAUAUAAAUGUGAAGAAAUAUAAAUUAAAGAUGUCAAAUUUGA